CCGAGGAAGACAUGGAACCUGAUUCCGACGAGGUCCACAUCCCCGGCCGGUUCCGUCACGGCAAGUCUAAGGUGAUGGAACCUGGCGUUGCCAUGGAGACGGACAAGAUGAAGCAGUGGCUGAACCGGAUUCUGCGCAGAACGAUCGCCGUUCAGUUGGAGCGUUCUCCCGUACCCACCAAGGAGUCUGAAGAUUUUAAGAUGUGCGUGACGACAGAACUAGAGUUCCCAGCCGUACCGGAGUGGCGCCUUCUGCAGGACAGGAGAGUCAGAACCACCACGGACAUCAAAUGGGGGCGGGACUGCUCUGGGAACGACAAGAGGAUGAAGAUCCUCGCAAAAUGGCAGAAAUCGGACGAACAGCGCCGCCAGGAGAGGAUGGAGGAACUGCAGGAGCAGCACCCCUCCAGCCAGGAAGACAGGAGCGAGGAAAUCAGCCGUCCGGACAAGAACACCAUCUACAGUGCCUGCGUACAGGAUCGGCAGAAGGGUCUGGUGGAGACGCCGGUCUGCAGGAAAGCCCUAGAACAGCGCAGUCUGCUUCAACAGAUGGACAUCGACGUCGAAUAUCACAACCUUCCAAGGUGGCUGAAGGAAAUGUCCUCCGCCUUGAAGCAGCACGUCUUCCACAUCUUCUUCGACCGGCUCACCGUCCAAGACAUCGACAUCCGCAACGACGACAACAAGAUGCGCAUGCGCUGCACCAUCGACAGGGACCAGAAGGAGAUGAACGUUACCAUGGCAACGCCUGAAGAAAACGCCGAGAUCAGCAGAAUCUCGAUCGAGGAGCCUAAGAUCCGUCUGGACCUCUCUAAGCUCCUUAAGACGCGGCUUCCGAUGAAGACGCACUGGUCUAUAGACUUCCCCAUGCGCUUCCCCUCCACAGAGAAGACAAUGGUGGAACAGUACAUGGACUUUAUGAUGGACGACAAAUUUACCCCUCGCUGCAAGUUCCAGCCCAACGACAGAAUCCAGACGUUUGACGGGGUGGAGUUCCCUUACAGGGUCGGGUCAUGUGACCACAUCCUGGCUAAGGACGCCUCUCCCGAGCAGCGCUUCAUGGUGCUCGUCAACAAACCGCACAGGGACAACACGGAGAAAACUCUCAAGGUGUUCCUUGAGGGAAAGAAGAUCGAGAUGUCCAUGAACAACCAGCAGCAGUCUCAUCAGUCGUCUGACGAAGAAGAUAACCAGAUGCAGAUCACCAUUGACGGUCGCCAGGUGGCGCUUCCCGACCUGAUCGUCCACAAGAUCUACCGGGACGAGGAGGAUGCCGGGAGUCCCGUGAUGUUCACCCUGCAGAAGGUCGGGAGGAAGGUCAAGGUCGAGUGUGACCGCCUGGGAGUGACGGUGGAGACGGACAGACACAGCGCGGAGGUCAAGAUUUCUAACGCCUACCGCGGUAAGCUUGCUGGUCUGUGCGGAAACUUUGACGGGGAACACCACUCUGAGUUGGAGGGGCCCAACAGGGAGGUAUACUCCUCACCGUUCGACUUCGGUCUGUCCUACAGGAUCCCUAGUCAGGAGUGUCACGAACAAGGAAAGAGCCUGUCGGUGAUGCGUAACGUACGACUGGCCCAGCUGAACCAGUUUAACAAGAAGGAGACGUGCUUCUCCAAAAUGCCGGUGGCGCAGUGUCCGGAGGGGUACAGCGCCGUCAGGAGCGAGACGCGCCGCAUGGAGUUCCACUGUCUGCCGUCAGAACUGGACAUCACCAAGAAAUACACCGAACUGCACAAGACCAAACCCUUGGACAUGAUGGCAUCGAAACGCACCGAUCGCACCGAAGAGGUCGAAGCAGAACUCGAGUGUGAAAUGGAGUGACUGCUGCCAAACGCGUCCUACGUGGUUCAAAUUUAUUUGCCGCAAAUGAUACCCAAGAAAAGCUCUAUAAUGUAGAUAAGUUACAAUUUAUCGGAAAUGCUUAUAUUCAAGAAACGCUUAUUAUUUAAGUAUGUAAAACAGAAACGAAGAAAAACGCUGUUUUAUUGUAAAAUGACUAUUUAUAAGGAAAAAGUAGUUGACAAUUUUGGGAUAAACGUUUCCUUAAAAUGAUUGGUGUAAGCUAUGUGACUUACUAGUAUGUGGACUAUAUAAAUGUACAUUUUUGCUGGCCAAAACGAUGCUAUAGAUGAAUAUUAUUAAAACAUUAUGAGCAAGAA